AUGGCAUCGGAACGGCGCAUUAAGUCGCUAAAAAUGCGACUUCGUAGUAUAGAGACGUCGUUUAACCUGAUCAAAGUCUUCGUUGAAAACUUCGACGAAGAAACGCAGUCGAUGGAAGUUCCCGUUCGGCUAGAGAACCUGGCCGUGUUGUGGAUGGACUUCGGCAAAACGCAAGCCGAACUCGAAGCCGCUGAUGUUGACGACAAUGAGGUGAUGGAACAUCAGCUAAAGCAGCGGGCCCAGUUCGAGACGGACUACUACCGGGUGAAGGGUUUCUUGCUGUCCGUGAAUAAAAGUACAUCGCCUCAGAGCUCCCAAUCUUGUCACUCCAGUGCGCAUUUCCCUACUUCUUCGCAAAUUCGGCUCCCAGAUGUAAAACUUCCUGUUUUUAACGGCGCUCUCGAAAAUUGGUUGAAUUUUCAUGAUCUAUUCAUUUCAUUGGUGCAUUCGUCGACUGAGUUGUCCAAUAUCCAGAAAUUUUACUAUUUACGUUCGUCAUUAGCGGGGGAUGCGUUGAAACUGGUACAAACGAUUGCGAUUAGCGCCAAUAAUUACCCUGUUGCUUGGAACUUGCUGAUUGACCACUUUCAAAAUCCUGCACGUUUGAAGCAAGCCUAUGUCGACUCCCUUUUUGAGUUUGCUCCGUUGAAAAGGGAAUCUGCAAGUGAUCUUCAUUCUCUGGUGGAACGAUUCGAAGCUAAUGUCCGCAUCUUGAAGCAGCUGGGAGAACGAACCGAGUUUUGGGACGUGUUGCUGAUUCGUAUGCUCAGUAUUCGUCUUGACCCCACUACACGAAGGGAUUGGGAAGAAUUUUCGUCGACUCAUGAGGCAGCUACCUUCCCAGAUCUGGUCAGCUUUCUUCAGCGAAGGGUCACCGUUUUACAGAGUGUGAGCAACGUUCACCUGGACACUUCCUCGUCUUCGGCACCCAAAAAACCGGUUCAUCGAUCAGCAAUCAUCAGCAAUGGAGCCACUCAAGUUUCACCACGCCAAUGUUUCGCCUGCUCUGAACACCAUCCACUUUAUCUAUGCCAGACGUUCGCCAAGAUGACCAUCGAAGACAAGGACAAACUAGUACGCCGUCAACAACUCUGUCGGAACUGCCUACGAAAGGGACAUCAAUCGAGAAGUUGUCAAUCCAAGAACUGCUGUCGAAAAUGCCGAGGGCGCCACCAUAGUCAACUAUGCAGCACAGGUACCAGCCAGGGUGAAUCCAGCAAGCCGAGAGCCGAGGGGAAUACGUCGAGAGAUUCUAACCUUACUAGCGAAGAAGUGUCAUCAUUGUCUGCAGCAGUCGGGAAACUUCCCAAGAAGGGUCACCCUAACAAGGUGCUUCUAGCAACGGCCGUGAUCAAACUGACGGAUGAUUACGGUAAUACUCACUUCGCCAGAGCGCUCCUCGACUCGGGUAGCGAAUGCAACUUCAUCACCGAGUCAUUUGCGCAAAAACUCAAAGUUCGUCGCACGAAAGUUCACCUGUCAAUCUCCGGAAUUGGUCAGUCAUCCACUCAAUCUCGCUCCAAGCUUCGCACCACCAUUCACUCUCGAGUUACCGGAUUUUCAACCAUCGUAGAGCUCCUGGUACUGCCAAAACUCACUCUAAGUUUGCCAUCCGCCACUUUAGACAUUUCUAGUUGGAAACUUCCGAAAGAAAUACAGCUCGCAGAUCCUAACUUUUACCAAAACAACCCUAUCGACAUCGUCCUUGGUGCCGAAAUAUUCUUCGAUCUUUUCAAACCGCCUGGCAGAAUUCCACUUGGAGAUUCACUGCCUGUUCUUGUGAAUUCUGUUCUGGGAUGGGUUGUUUCUGGGAAAGUUACCAACUCUACUGCUACCAGCUCCGUUAUCGCCAAUCUUGCAACCGUCGCAGAUAUUUAUCGCCUCAUGCAACGAUUCUGGAUCAUCGAAGAGGCAGAUUCAGGUCCUUGUAUGUCGGUGGAAGAAGCAGCCUGCGAAAAGCACUUUUCGCAGAACUUUCAACGCACCCCAGAAGGUCGAUACAUCGUUCGAUUGCCGUUCAAGGAACCUGUUUCCAGCGUAGGCGACAAUCGCAGCAUCGCACAACGUCGAUUCCGGAUGGUUGAGUCUCGCUUGCAACGGGACACUAAUCUACAGGCUCAGUAUCACGACUUCAUGGCCGAAUACGUCACCUUAGGGCACAUGCAGCGAGUAGACACUUCUACUCCACCUACCCAGCAGUAUUACCUUCCUCAUCAUGCGGUGAUUCGUGAAGAUAGCUCGACUACCAAGGUGCGAGUCGUCUUCGACGCGUCGUGCAAGUCAGGAUCUGGCAAAUCGCUCAACGACGUGCUCAUGGUUGGGGCAGUCAUCCAAGACGACCUUCGUUCAAUCAUCCUGAGAACCAGAAUCAAUCCCGUUUUGCUCAUCGCUGACAUCCAAAAAAUGUACCGUCAAAUCCUGGUCGACGAACGAGACACUCCUCUCCAGCGGAUUCUUUGGCGAAGUUCACCGGACGAGCCUGUCAGCACGUUUGAGCUGAAAACAGUCACCUACGGCACAGCUAGUGCACCAUUCCUGGCCACCAGAACCCUACAACAACUGGCAGACGACGAAAAAGCGGAUUUUCCUUUGGGCGCAGCGAUUCUGAAGAGAGAUGUGUACGUAGACGACCUGGUUACCAGCGGAAGGACUCCUGAAGAACUGGCGGAAGUGCGGAAUCAACUUGACCAAUUGUGCCGACGAGGUGGUUUUGAAUUCCGGAAAUUUGCGUCGAACAUCGAAUCCGUUCUUGAUGGCAUUCCUUCCGAACGACGUGCGCUUCAUUCAUCAGUCGAGCUCGCAGCUGAUCAGACCAUCAAAACAUUGGGAUUACACUGGGAACCAGCGUCGGAUCACUUCCGGUUCCAAAUUCAACUACCCGAACACUCACAAGGCGCGGUUCUCUGCAAAAGGUUGGCCCUCUCACAAAUCGCUCAGCUAUUUGAUCCGUUGGGGUUGGUAGGCCCUGUCAUCGUUACUGCGAAAAUGUUUAUGCAGACUCUGUGGAGUCUGAACUCCGACGACGGCAAGCCAUGGGGAUGGGAUCAACCACUACCACCAUCUCUGACCACGUAUUGGCAAAACUACUAUGCGCAAUUACCUGUCCUUGAUCAGCUUCGAAUCCCACGAUGCGUCGUGCUUCCCGAAUUUGAAUCCAUCCAGCUACACCUGUUUUCUGACGCUUCAGAAAACGCCUACGGGGCCUGUGCCUACUUCCGCUCAAAGGACUCAUCAGGUUCUAUUUCCGUCGGCCUUCUCACGGCCAAAUCCAAAGUCGCUCCUUUGAAAAAACGUAGCAUUCCCCGGCUUGAACUUUGUGGGGCUCUCGAGGCUGCCCAAUUGUAUCAAAAAAUCUCCUCAACCUUCGGAAAGAAGUUCGAAACCUUCUUCUGGGUCGACUCAACCACGCUUGCAACAGUCGGCGCUUCCUGGAAUCAUGUUGCUGGUCAAGAGAACCCUGCUGACCAUUUGUCUCGAGGAAUCGACGCAAAAACGCUGAUCUCCUGUAAACUGUGGUGGAAUGGACCAAAUUGGCUUCGGUCCGAUGACUUUUUGCAGCUAACAUCGCCAUCAAGCACCUCCUUCGAGACCCAUCUAGAAUUCCGCACAUCCAAACAGGUCGGCCUAACCGCCUCAGCAGACAGUUCCUUCAUCGAUUCCUUCGUUGGCCGAUUCUCGAAGUACCAAACCAUGCUGCGCGUCACAGCAUUCUGCCUCAGAUUGAAUGUACUUCGAUCCGAUUUUUUCCAUGCCUGGGUGCAAGCUCAAGAGUUCUCCGAGCACGUAGCAGCUCUUCAAGCAUCGAAGCCAGCUCCAAUCAGGUCCCAACUCCGAUGGUUUACUCCGUUCCUGGAUGCAGAUCGCCUGAUGCGUGUUGGAGGACGAAUCGACAAAUCAGCGCGAAAUUACGACGCCAAGCACCAAAUUCUUCUUCCGUACAGUCAUCGGUUCUCCGCCCUGCUGGUGGAGUGCUUUCAUGAAAGGCAUUUGCAUGCAGCACCUCAAUUACUGCUUGGAAUCCUUCGAUUGCGGUACUGGAUCACAGGGGCCAGAAAGCUGGCCAAAACGAUCGUUCAUCGCUGCAUAAUUUGCGUCCGAGCUCGCCCUAAAUUGGUUGAACAAUUCAUGGCAGAGCUACCAAAGGAACGCGUAACUGCCGCCCGACCCUUUUCGAUUUCCGGUGUCGAUUAUUGGGGCCCGAUCCUGCUUAAACCUCCACAUCGUCGAGCAGCCCCAAUCAAGGCAUUUGUAGCGGUGUUCGUGUGCUUCACUACGAAGGCUGUUCAUAUCGAACUCGUUUUCGAUUUGACGACAGCCAAAUUCAUCCAAGCUCUACGCCGGUUCGUAUCCCGCCGAGGUCCACCAUCAGACAUCUACAGCGACAACGGAAGAAACUUUCUGGGUGCCAGCAAUGAAUUGCGCAAACUUCUUCGCUCGUCCGACCACUCACAAGCAGGCUUAUGGCAUUUUAAUCCACCUCGAGCAUCUCAUUUCGGCGGAUUAUGGGAAUCCGCAAUUAAUUCCGCCCAAAAGCACUUCCUUCGAGUCGUCCGUGAUCGCCCAUUGGCUUAUGACGAUAUGGAUACCUUAUUGUGCCAGAUAGAGUGCUGCCUCAAUUCGCGCCCGAUUACUCCAAUGAGCGACGAUCCGACUGAUUUCGAGCCGCUUACUCCAGGGCAUUUUCUGGUGGGUACGUCCUUGAAAUCCGUUCCAGAUGAGAACCUGAAUGACAUCCCAUCAAAUUAUCUUCGGAAGUGGCAGCAAACUCAAAAGCUGCUGCAGGACAUCUGGCGUCGAUGGCACCUGGAAUAUUUGUCAUCAUUAGCCCAAAGAUCAAAGUGGUUAAACUCACCUGUAACACUGAAGGAGAACCAGCUCGUCCUUCUCAAGGAGGAUGGGAUCCCACAAAUUCGCUGGCCAACGGCCAGAAUCACCCAAUUGCAUCCAGGGACUGAUGGCAUCACAAGAGUCGUUACUCUGCAGACCCCAAAAGGCACUUGUACCCGUCCGGUGGCGAAAGUUUGCCUUUUGCCAAUUGCGUCAUCGUCGGAGGAAAUUAAAAAACCACCCGCCGCUGACCAAUAA